AUGUCGAAACUAAAACGAAGAUCUACAUCUCAAAGAAAUGCCGAGGUGGCUAGAAGAAUGAGAGAAAGAAGAACUGGUGAUGAUUUUCGCUUGUUAGACAACAGAAGACGAGCAAACUCUCAUAAAAUUGAACGACAAGAUGUUGAAUUCAAAACAGAAGAUAAUAGAAGAAAAGCCGAAGCUCUAAAAAUUGAGCAACAAGAUGAUGAAUUCAAAACAGAGGAUAAUAAAAGAAGAGCCGAAGCUCUCAAAAUUGAACGACAAGACGUUGAAUUCAAAACAGAAGAUAAUAGAAGAAGAGCCGAAGCUCUAAAAAUUGCGCGACAAAAUGAUGAAUUCAAAGAAGAAGAAAGAAGAAGAAAUGCAUUAAGAAUACACAAUAAUAGAGAUAAAUACAAAAGUAAUUUUGAUGGCAUGAGAUCAAAUUAUGAAUCAAAAAUAAAAGAAGGACCUACUCAUAUUUGUAGUUGUUGCAGUGGUUUAUGGUUUGAGUAUUCAAUCAGAGAAUAUACAGUUGAGAUGUUAACAAACAAAGGGUUAAAUGCAGAAUUUAUCGAUACAGUUUGUUAUCUAAAACAGGCUAUCAUUAAAUUAUGUGCCACUUGUAGAAAUGACAUCAUGUCGAAUAAGGUACCUAAUCUCGGUCUAUCUAAUGGUUUAGGAUUCUAUGAAGUACCUGAUUGUUUGAAAAUCUUGACUGAACUAGAAGAAAGAUUAAUAUCACCAAGAAUUCCUUUUAUGGCUAUUCGAAGUUUAGGUUCGUGUAAACAAUUCGGUCUCAAGGGCAACUUUGUAAAUGUUACCAUGAAUGUUGAUGCGAAUGUUUCAGUAUUACCUAGAAGUUUCAGUGAUACUCAUACGAUUCAAUUGAAACUCAUGAGACAAAUAAAAAAUAAGAAUGCCUUUAUGUAUGAAACUAUUCGACCAAAAGUUGUGCAUACUGCUGUAAAAUAUUUGGUUGAGCAAGAACUGUAUAAGGAUGAAGGUAUUGUGAUAUCUCAUGAUUGGUUGAAAGAAUACUCUAAUGAGAGAGAGAAUUUUAUCAUCGAUGAUGAAGAUAAGAAAUUCGAUGAAAAUGAAAGCAUCAGCAAAGAUUUUGAUAACGAGGACAAAUGGAAUGAAUGUGACGAUAAACCAGUCAAUCCAAGUGCUACUGAAACAUUAUUACAUGACGAGAUUGGUGAUCAGAAUAAUAUUGGUAUCAAAUUUGCUCCAGGAGAGAAUAACAGGCCGAUAUCGAUUUUAAUGGAUUUAAAAGUCGAUGAAUUAACAUUUCCGAAAAUGUAUUGUGGCAAGCAAAGAAAAAUCAAAGCAAAUGUUAAAUUGACUUAUGCUAAGAUUGCCAAGUCAGAAUUAAGAAUGUUUGAUCGAAGAUGUGGUAGAAUAUCGAAACUAUUUUUCACAUAUAAGAAACUACAAACAAGGAAGUUCUCCGAUACUAUUUCAAUAAAUUUGAGGAAGACAAACAAUACAAAAGACAUAACUGUUGCACAAAUGCUCAAUCGAGAUUAUGUCAAUGGAUUGAUUCAUAAUGAUGAUGCUUUUACAUUCUUGAGAUGUGAUCGAUCUUCACCAGCAUUCUGGGAACUAAAAAAAAGGAGGUUAUGGCAAUCAUCAGGCAAUUAG